GACGAGCCAAGAUGUGCAGCAAUCUGACCUGCGUGGACGACUUCCUGAAUCGGGCGUUCCACAAGCUGGGCCUCGUUGUGGGUCGUCAUCCCGGCUACUUCGUGGUGAUCCCGGUAUUGUUGGCAUUCAUCUGCUUCACCGGAUACCAGAGGAUCCAUUACGAGAUCGAUCCCGAGUACCUAUUCUCGCCCACAAAUGGACCGAGCAAAACAGAACGGGCGAUCGUCGAGCAGUACUUCAAGGUCAACUACAGCCACUACUUCAGCCUGGGUCGCAUCACCAGGCCAGGUCGUUUCGGUCACGUGAUCAUCACCUCGAAGGACGGGAACGAUAAUCUGCUGCGCGCCGAUGUGUUCGACGAGCUGAUCCAGCUGGACAAAGUGAUCAAGUCCUCGGUAGCGACCUACGAAGGCGGGGUCUUCACCUACGAUCAGAUCUGCGCGAAAUGGCUGGACGAAUGCUUCAGCAACGACAUCCUGAAUCUUCAUCACAUCAUUAAGGAUGUGGAGAAGAAGGAGCUGAACCUGACCUUCCCGGUGAUGCUGAACCCCGUUUCCUGGGAGAUUCACAUGCUGCCGGUCUAUUUUGGCGGGAGCGUGAUCAACGAGGACCAGGAGAUAGAGUCCGUGCCGUCGAUGCAGCUCGCUUACUUCCUGGCAGCUGAGAAUUCACGUCAGGAUGCAAUCGGCGCAGCUUGGGAGGAGGCGUUCCUCGAGGCAGUGAGGAAGGUCGAGGAAGGAGGCGUGUUCAAGCACAUUGCCACUGCAAGGUUCGCCUCCAGGACCCUGGAGUUGGAGCUAGAAGAGAAUACAAAGACGAUAGUGCCGUAUUUCUCGAGCACGUUCAUCCUGAUGGCGUUGUUCUCCGUGGUCACCUGCAUGAUGACUGAUUGGGUACGCAGCAAGCCUUGGUUGGGGCUUCUUGGCAAUGUAUCAGCGGCUAUGGCCACUGUGGCCGCGUUCGGCUUAUGCAUCUACCUGGGCGUGGACUUUAUAGGUCUGAAUCUGGCUGCACCUUUCCUUAUGAUCGGAAUCGGUAUCGACGACACGUUCGUGAUGCUGGCUGCCUGGAGACGGACCAGUAUCAUGAAACCGGUACCGGAGCGGAUGGCCGCGAUGCUCAGCGAGGCAGCUGUCUCGAUUACGAUCACAUCUCUGACCGACAUGAUAUCGUUUUUCAUCGGGAUUCUUUCGCCGUUCCCCUCGGUGCAGAUCUUCUGCAUUUAUUCGGGAUUCGCUGUGGUCUUCACCUUCGUCUUCCAUCUGACAUUUUUCACCGGCUGCGUGGCCAUCAGCGGUUACUGCGAGCAGAAGAACCUCCACAGCGUGGUGUGCUGUAAGGUGCAGCCUCUUUCAAAAUCCUUGAAACCGCAUCGAUCCUGGAUCUACAGGGCACUUUGUACUGGAGGAGUGGACCCGGAUGAUCCGUACAAUCCGGUGGAUAAUCCAGAACACGGAUGUAUGAGCUGGUUCCGUGACUAUCUGGCAGGUGCGCUAAACUGUCGACCCAUCAAGGUCAUCGUGAUCCUGAUAUUCGCCUGUUACCUGGCUGGUGCAAUCUACGGGCUGACGACUCUUCAAGAAGGCUUGGAUCGUCGCAAGCUUUCCAAGAACGACUCUUACUCGAUAACAUUCUACGACCGACAGGAUUAUUACUUCCGGGAAUUUCCGUACAGGAUACAGGUGGUAGUGAGUGGGCAGUACGACUACAGUAACCCUGUGAUUCAGCAGCAAAUGGAGAACCUGACGAGAUCCCUCGAAGCGAGUAGCUACAUCAGUAGCGCGCCAAUAUUUACCGAGAGUUGGCUAAGAAGCUUCCUGCGGUAUGUGAACAACAGCGAGCUAAACGAGACCAACAUCACCGACGAGAAGAGCUUCAUGAAGACGUUGAAGGAUACCUGGCUGUAUCCUAUAAGUAGCCUGUCCCUGGACGUGAAGCUCGACGACGCUGAGGAGCACAUUAUAGCGAGUAGAUUCAUGAUCCAGGCGGUGAACGUAAGCGGUACCAAUCAGGAGAAGGACAUGGUGAAGGAGCUUCGCAGGAUCUGCACCGAGUCUCCGUUGAAUGCUAGUGUCUUCCACCCGUACUUCGUCUUUUUCGAUCAGUUCGAGUUGGUUAAGCCGACCAGCAUUCAGUGUAUGGUGUUCGGGGCCCUGAUCAUGAUGUUGAUCAGUUUCCUCUUUAUACCGAACGUUCUGUGCUGCCUCUGGGUGGCUUUCUGUAUCAUUUCAAUUGAACUGGGGGUAGCCGGUUACAUGUCUCUCUGGGACGUUAAUCUGGACAGUAUAUCCAUGAUCAAUCUGAUCAUGUGCAUAGGGUUCAGCGUGGACUUCACCGCCCAUAUCUGUUACGCCUACAUGAGCUCCAAACAGAAAACACCAGAAGACAGAGUCCGAGAGAGUCUCUACAGCCUUGGACUACCAAUAGUGCAGGGUGCCGCGUCCACAAUUUUGGGCUUGGUAGCCCUGGUCCUAGCUGGAACGUAUAUAUUCAUGGUGUUCUUCAAAAUGGUCUUCCUAGUGAUCUUCAUAGGCGCCAUGCAUGGCAUGUUCCUCUUACCUGUGCUUCUAUCAUUAUUCGGUCCCUCCGCACCCGCGGACGACAAGACAGAGGAUGUGAAGAUUCAGGAUGAUCUAGCUUCCAAGCUCCAGCAACCCUACGUGAUUCCACACCCUAGUCUUUCUUACUAUCACCGCACGGGAAUCGCCAAAAGUCUACAGGGCAGCCCAGCAACAAGUCUGGCUGCUUUCGAAGAAAGAGACCCUGGCCUAGGGACCAGUGAGGACAGCAACUCGACCGAGAGCAGCUCUUCCCAGAGUAGAAGACGAGAGGGUCAAUUGGAGCAAGAGAACCACACGCGUCACGAGGUCUGGAGACGAUCCAUAGGGGUUCUAUACGGUAUGUCCCAGUUCCAAACAGCUGCACAUCCAGUCUCCCCGCCACCUGACUACGCUGGCGCUCUGCAAGAACUUCAGGCUGACCAGGAUCGUCGCGCCGUUCGAACGGUGCCCUUCGUCGGACCUUAUCCCGCGCAUCGACCAACGAAUCACAGAGAUCACAGGAGAAGCAGAUCCUAUCACAAUAUCCAUCACUCGUCGAGGUACUUGACUGAUCCCCGGUAUCCUUAAAGGAUCCGGUUACCAGUGACUAUGCACGCAGCCGGCAGAGCCGGGAGAAACUUUGUUUCCCGCGGACUUUCGCCUCUUUCGACUGACCAGGAGAGUCUGGUCGCUCUGGGGAAGCGAAUGGAGGCCAAGUUCCCCGGCUCUCUCCGCGGAAUCACCGAGGGGCUUCGAGAACUUUGAAAGAGGAUUUCCUUUCUGGAGAACUUUUGGCUUCUAGCUAGGAUGAGGUCAAAGGGGCUCGAGGAAUUUGAAGACUACUAAGGCUCGAUCGCCGAGCACGCGUGUACCGGACCAUCGAA